AUGAGUGUCGACAAGCAGCUGUACCCUUGCAAGUGCAGGUGCCCGUGCAUGCAGUAUAUGUCGAGGACACCUGAUGAGCAUUGGAUAAAAUACUACUUUUUAUGUGUUGCUGACAAGCGCUACUUCCUGAACGGCUUCCCUUAUCGUGGCAAAAUUGCAACUUGUGAUCCGAGCAAGCAUCUUGAUCACCAUGUCGUUAUGAAUUUGGGACAGCCAUUCCUCUGUUGUGGUCGUAAUAUCACGACUGACAACCUCUUCGCCUCUCUGAAAUUGGCGGAUGAGCUGAAACAAAAAGGAACAAGUUUAAUCGGCACUCUUUGGACAUCACUGAAAGAGGUACCUCCUGCAGUGAGAGGCGGAGACGAUGUCUUUUACGUAACACAUUUGUAA